AUGGACAAAUUGCACGAGACUUUGAUAAAUAUGGAAGAUGGUUUGGGUUCGGAGCAUCCUGUCUGCUUAACUCCCUGGGACUGGAAAAACAAUACAGGGGCUUUUGAGCUGAACCAGAUCUCGUCUCCUCACAGCUUAUCUCCAGCUCCUUCCUUCGAGUCCUACUCUCCAUCCCCUUGCCCGACGGCGAUCGAGACCCCCUACCACAGCAGCAGCAGCAGCAGCAGCUUGGUAGGAUACAGCCUGGAGGAUUUCCCAAGCCCCGGACAGGCCCGGCUCCCCAAGGGCAGCAAGGUUCGCAUGUCAGCCCAGCGCAGAAGAAAAGCCAGCGAGAGGGAGAAGCUGAGAAUGAGGACUCUAGCAGAGGCUUUGCACACUCUGCGCAAUUACCUGCCUCCUGUCUACAGCCAGAGAGGCCAGCCUCUCACCAAAAUACAGACCCUGAAAUACACCAUCAAGUAUAUCAGUGAACUGACGGAUCUUCUGAACAGCGUGAAACGGGCAUAG